AUUAUUUCAAUGUAGUUUUGAACGUUUUGACAUCGCUGAUUAUUUGGCGUCUGUUCAAGUCUGUGUUGGCUGCUAUGCAGUUUGGAAUGUUGGAGUUAUGAACAGUGGAGCUGCAGUGCAGUGAUCGCCGCCAAUCUCUGUAACUAUCUGUAACCACUAUUUUUCACUAAUGGACUAGGCAAUUUGAAUUCAAUAUGGCGUCCAGUGUAUCAUCUGAUAAUGAUGAUGACUAUGAUUCUGAUGUCACAUGUGGAAGUAGUGACACAGAUGAUAAGGAUUCCUACGACAGUGGUAACUCCUCAAACGAUGACGAUACAGGCAACGAUGAGGAAAGUGAGGAGGAGAGCGAUGACGAUGAUAGAACAUCAGGAGAAAAGCUUGAGAAUGUUAUGUGGUGUGGACCAAAGAAGAACCUUCCUGUCUUGGUGUUUAGACCUGAGUGCAACUUCAUCAAGGUCAAGCGACUCUAUGCAACAGGAGAAAAGCACCACCUUGCCUAUAAGAUCGUCCGCACUGACUGCAGAGUCAUCAGACAGCUUCUACACAAACACGGGUUCCAUGAGGUCCAUCCUAAUAGCUCUGAUUUCAACUUGAUGUGGAUUGGGUCUCAUGUCAAACCAUACACUCUGAGAAGCUUUACUGACUUCCAGAAAAUCAACCAUUUUCCAAGGUCCUAUGAAAUCACAAGAAAAGACAGAUUGUACAAGAACUUUCAGCGGAUGCAACAUGCCAAGGGUUCACGUCAUUUUGAUUUCUUGCCACAGACCUUCUGCUGUCCUUCAGAGUAUGAUGAUUUAGUUGCUGCACAUAACAAAGAGAGGGGUACGUGGAUCGUUAAACCGGUAGCUUCAUCAAGAGGAAGGGGUAUCUUCCUCGUUAACAGUCCUCAGAAUGUGCCAUUAGAUGCUGCUUAUGUUGCUUGUCGAUAUCUCAACAACCCUCUUCUCAUAGAUGGUUUCAAGUUUGACCUGAGGUUAUAUGUAGCAGUGACAUCAUAUGAUCCUCUUCGUAUAUACCUCUAUGAAGAAGGCUUAACCAGGUUCGCUACCGUGCAAUACCAACAGAACAACAAGACGAUAAAGAACACCUGCAUGCACCUGACUAACUACAGCUUGAACAAGAAGAGCAGCGACUAUGUCAAGUGUGAUGAUGGAGACAUUGAAGACUAUGGAAACAAGUGGAGUUUAGGGGCCAUGCUGCGGUACCUCAAGAAACAAGGCAAAGAUGCAAAACUACUACUUUCAAGGAUAGAAGAAGCCGUCAACAAAACAAUCAUCUGUGCAGAGCUCCCUGUUGCUACAGCCUGUAAGAUGUUCUUGCCCUACAGGGGAAAUUGUUUCGAGCUGUAUGGUUUUGAUAUCUUAGUAGAUGCCAAUCUGAAGCCCUGGGUCUUAGAAGUCAAUCUUUCGCCAUCAUUAGCUUGUGAAGCACCAAUAGACAUGAAGAUCAAAUCAAACAUGUGUGGUGACCUGUUUAGUUUAACUGGCUUUAUUAUACAAGAUCCUGUUAUGAGACGUAUGCAGCAGAGUAGAAGAAAUCAGGAUCUAGCCGCCUCCAGCACUCUCAGGCAACAGAAGGAGCGCAUUGGCUCUGCCUUCUCGCGUCAACGACCCAACUCUGCUGGAAUGAUGGGUAAUAAGCUCUCUAGACCAAAGUCCGCCGCAGCAUCGGCAGGUCCCAAAGACAGCUCCGGACUGACUCUAGAGGAGCGUAAGAUAGUCCUAGAGAGCAAGGAGGAAUACGCCAGGAGAGGGGGCUGGAUGAGGACAUUCCCUUCACCAAAUUCCAUGGAGAAAUAUGGUUCGUUAAUGGAAAGCAGGAAUUCUAUGAACCAGUUACUACAUUCCAGACUCUUCUCUGACAAUGUGGAUUCUAGUAGCACAUCUCCCAGAUCUAAAUCAGCUCACUCGUCCCUGGCUUCGUCCCGAGCCAGGCAGUGCACGAAGAUGUCCCAUGGGAUGAUGCAGGAACUCCAGGAGAGGGAGGUUGAGGAGCACUUAGCCCAGUUACUCAGGAAGCUCAGUACCAAAGACAACUCUGGAGAAAGGCGCAGCCUACGCACCAAGGUCCGCAACAAGUUUCCUGCCACUAAGAGGAUAGCAGCACCAAACCCCAGGAAUGCAGUACCGAGCAAAGCUGAGGUGAAGUCAGAACCAGCGCCAUCUAGGGCACCUCUUGCUCAGGGCAAACUGGAUGCUCGCCCCCAAACGGGACAAAGCAAAAACUCCGCAAAGCAGCCUGAACCUGCUGCUGCCCAACAAACUACCACAACAAACACUGCUGCAGCUUCUCAACAGCUACAAAAACGACCAUCAUCAUCAAAACAGAACUCUGGUGUAUCACAGUCUAAUAUCAACGGCACAAAGGGUGUAGAUAAAGGGGGUGGUGGUGGUGGUGAACCGACAAGUACAACAGGUUCAUCUGGUAACUGGGUGCAUGGGAAACCCCCAGCGGGACCCAGUCAGGGGUCAGGAGGGGCCAAGAUAGGAGGGUCAGAGAGCAAUGCUGGAGCCAGGAUGGUGCUGGAGAUACAGAAACCCAAGGGACCUACCAAAGAGGAGAUACGAGAGUUGGUCAAUGUUCCUGACAUCUUGGACAGAGGUGGUGACCUAAGCAAACUGCAAGCCCGAGAUGCCUUUGCAACAUACCUGCUGAGAGUUCAACAGAGACUACUCGCUGAGACAAGCAAACCCCCAGAGAAACUAGAUGAGAUAGACCAACAUGAUGAACAAAUGGAUCUGGUUCUGCGUUUCCUGAAGAGGGCAGCAAGCAAUCUUCAGCAGCAGUUCAAAGUGAUUGUUCCGAGUCGGAAGCUUCCCAUCCACGACAGAAGGAGAAUCCUUGCCAAGCAACUAGUUGACUUUGUCCAGAUAUAUAGCAAGGAGACAGAGGAGAUGGAGAACAUGAAACCCAAGAAGGUGGUCAAACCUCACAAUCAUCAUCAGUUUGAAGAGGAUGAGGAGAGCAUUGAAGACAACAGGUUCACUCAUUUUGUUGGAGUCGCCAAUGAGAACGAGCUGGAGGAGCUCCUCACCACAUACACCAAACAGAACAAAUCAGCCAGCAUCUUCCUAGGGACCAGUACAAACAACCCCAAAUCGGUCUCGGAGAUGAUGGCUCAACCUACCUCGGUCAACAGCACCAACCAGCAACAUCAUCAACACCACCACCACAACCAUCACCACCAUAAGCAACAGUUGCAGCAACAUCAGCACAAACAUGUGACCAAUGGGGGACCGGCACUGCUGCAUCGGCGAUCAAGUUCCACGGAGAACCUGCAUUCCAGCAAUAAGGGUGGCGGAGCUGCUGGAGAUAUAGCCAAAGAUAUAAAUUCCAACUCAUUGGCAGCAAAGCAUGGUGUCCACUCGACCAAAGCACUCCAGCACUACUAUGCCGCAGCAGGUGCCAGCAAUACUGCUACCACCGGCGACGGACACUACCAUCACCACCACCACCAGCCCCACCAACACCCCAUGACGUCAUCCCCAUCAACCCUAUCACUCCCCAAACGCCCCCACUCAUCCACGCCCAACGCUGCCGAGGCUCGCCACGCAUCAUCGGCAGACGGUGCCGUGCAGGUCUACAGCGCCAGGUUUAAUCGGCAGCGACCGUACUCUGCUAAAGCUGGAUUUGAUUCAGGGGAUGGUCGAUCGUCUGGGAGACCUAACUCUGCUGUCGUCUACAGGGAUUCAUCUGGAGGACAAAUAGCUGCGAGGCAUUUUUCUGAGAGUAGUCAACAGGCCAUCCAAGAGGCUCUCGGGAGACUGGCCAAGCGACAAGCGGCACGUCAGUACUCUUCAUCCAGUGUCCAGAACCAGAACCUACUCACCCAGCAGUAUGUUGAACAGCACUUUGGACUGACCAACCCUCCCCAGGGGCCUGUUCAGGCUACCCCUGUAACUGGUUAUGGAUCUAACCCAGUCUUGACCAGCACCCUUGGUAGGAGUAGCGCCCGAUCACGCUCUAGUAGUGUCGGCCAUGUUCGAAGCCCCAGUCAGAACUCUAUAACAGCCGUUGCAGUGGAUGCACAAGCGGGAAGUACAGUGCCACAGAGAAGCGCAAGUAACAGUCGCGUGAGCAGCGCUGUCCUCAACGAGAAGGGACGCGGUGGAGCGAGUCAGGAGCAAACGGGCCACAUACGCCGAUCCAGUCACGGCGGUGUUGCCUUAAAUAGAACUCACAGCUUCACGACGGAUACAAGUUCUAAAGAUAGCUCAGAGCUCAAUGGACCGACAAAUGCCUCAAAAACAACCAGCAGCCACAGUUUGGCCAACGGAUUGUCGGACGACGCCUACAGUGCCCAGAUCAAAGCCCUGCAAAACCUCACUGUUUCCAAUCGGACUCCCUACCCAAACGCAGCCGGUGCGUUACAGCAUCAACAGGAAGGAAAUAACAGCGUGCCAAUAGGGGGCGGUAGACAGAUGAGCGGUGGUGCAUCUCGGCCGAUGAGCCUUCAGGAGCAGCAGCAGAUGGCUUAUGAGUUGUCCCAACAAAGCAAGGCCAAGCAUCAAGAGAAGGUUGCCCAAGCACAUACCAAUGCCUCGGCUCUUCGUGAUGCAAUCCAUCGAAACGCAUCUGCAUCGGCCAACAACAAUAAUUCAUCCUCUCCGAGCCACCAGCCACGCCCUCCCCCACAGUCUGCCAACGCCCGUAAACCAAUCAGUGCAAAGCGUCUCGCUAGGACAACCCAGGUAGAAGAGGGUCCUAGUCGCAGUGGGAACAGCUUCUACACCAGUCUCAAGUAUAGCAACACGACUGGAGGAGUUACAAACAAACAUCAUAAUGGAUCAGGUUCUAUUCAAGCACAAGUGAUACGUCAUUGACCACGGGCUUCAUUCUUCAUAAGAGAGCACAAAUGUACUUCUGCUUCUGUGUGCAAGGUAUAUAACUUAAAGUAAGCUUUAAACCCUCAGAGAAACUAUUUCAGGUCUUGAUUCAAUAGUAUUUCCUUGAAAAAUCACACAAUAUCAGUUGGUAAGAGAAAAAUGUACCACGUCACAAAAGUCUUUGCUUUUUUGAGAUAUCCUUGCUGCUAUACCUUUAAGGGAAAUGUGUGAAACUGUACCGGUGAACUUAAAUGAGGAAGUUAAAUUAUAUGAAAUUGGAAUUUAAAAAUCUAUGUUAUAGUAUAUGUAGGAAUAUAAAUUUGAUGUAGAAGAGAGGAAAGGAGGUGCCAUGUGGGAAUUUCUCUUUUCUUGGCCAAUACUGAUUGUGAGUGAACAGUUUCACUCAGUAAUGCUUGACAUGGUUUUGGAGAGGCUAAUGUAGAUUAAUCCCUUAGCCUGGAUAUUAUUCAUCAAUAAACCUAUUCUGAUCAAAUUCAAAAGCCAUAGAUAUAGAAAAAUAACAAUAGAAUGAAACUAGAGAUUGAUACAGAUAUUCCUUGAUACUUUUCCUUCGCACUGCCAAGAAAUCUUGCUCUGUUUAAAAAUCUUCCAUUCAUGUCACACAGUUGAUUUCCACUGUUUUAUAUUUCCCCAUUCAAUGGUCUGUGAAUUUCUACCAUGAGGCUUUCAGCAAUUCUUUGUAGAAUAAAGUGAGCUUGGAGUGUUGUGUUUUUAAAUUGACAAGUUGCCAUGACAAGUACAAAUGUGCCUUAAGACAGAAAAAAAGUUUUUGAGCGAUUAAACUUUUAAUGCAGAUUGAUUCCAGAGCAAUAUUUCUAUCUAUGAAAUUAGAAUGUAGACAACAUCUUCCAGUGAAACCUGUAUAUCCUUUGUUUGUCUUGAAAGAAAUCUGUAUGCCAGUUUUCUAUUUACCUACCGGUAUAACUUUUUCAAUGUGUGCAACGUACAUUCCAAUGCUUCAUCUGGUACAAUAUUGGAGCGAUAUCUUUAUUUUAUAUGUCUUGUACUCUCUUUUUUUCAUGGAAGGAGUAGGUAUAUCAGAGUGGAGUUUUGUUAAUUGUAUGUGUGUUGUUCACUAUUUAUUAUAUAUUGCAUCUGUGUGCCAACUUAACUUAACUUUUUAUUGACUACAGAGGCCUUUUUGUUUGAUGUAUAAUAUAAGGUCAGUGUCUUUCUAAGAGCUGUAAACUAUUUAGAAGGUAAAUAUUUUUAUAUUUUAGAGAGAAAGUUGUUUUAUCAGCUUGUGUAUAUGAACAGCCGCCAUCCAUGGCUUCUUAGAUGUAUUCAUAUGGUUAAGUGUUAUGGCUGUCCUGUGAUAUGUAAUAUAGUCUUGCACUUCUGAAACCUCAAUCAGAAAAAGUGUCCAUAGUCACUGCUCCAAAUUGGUAACUACCAGAGAUUAUUUACAACAAAACUUAUCAGAUUUUAUUACUUAUUUUGAUUUAUUAUGAUACAGUUAUCAUAAUAAUUGUCAAGGGAAUCAUUAUAAUCAUUCAAUUUUGAUUGAUGGCUGCUUUCUUUUUUUCUCCAGUGGGAUAGUACGGUUUGGUUUUAUUUUUUAGUAAUCAAAAUUUGAUUUUACAUCUUAAAUAAUAUACCCUGAAGACUUGCUGAUUUUUUAUCAAGUGACUUCUGAUUAAACCCCUAACUUUCUUGGUGAAGAACCAACCAUUCACAAUUUCACUAUAUGUUUAAGAUAGGUAUGUUCCAGGUUUUGUUGUUAGGAAUUAUUUAAUUAUCGUCAUUUUGCUACAGCAAAAACAAUCACAAAGACUUUAGAAAAACAAGGUAAUGUUUCUGUAGUAGCCUUUCUAUCCAUCAUAUUGAAUGCGCAAAUAUUACAAUGAUGUAUUACGUAAUCCAAAUAUUAUUUCUAUGGUUUAUACAAUAUGGUAUUAAAAUUGCCCUUGAUUUGAUUUCUUGAAAGUCUUUGUGACCGUAUUAAGGUAAAAACAUUGAUUGACAGAGAUCAUGCUCCGACACUUUUACACAAUAAUUGUUGAAGAUAUGCUUUCAAAACCGUAACAGUUUGUAGAAACAACAUUAUUUUGGUAAUGCAUCAUACUUCUUAUAUGUAAAAUACAUUUAUAUCUUUUUAUAACCUUUGUUUUAUAUUGUACAUUUAUAAAGGUGUGAUAUUUGUGUGUAAGAUAUGUUUUUCUUGACAAUUGUAUCAAAUUAUCAUUCUUUGAUCCAUCUAUAACCAGAUUCAACUAUUGAAAAAUAAACCUUGAAAUGAAAUAUAUUGUUUAGAAAAUGAAACUUGA